CCCAAAAUAUCAUUUUGCAAGUUAAGUUAAGGCUUGGCUGAGUCAUUUCCUCUGUUAGUCCCCAUUAAGUCUUACAUAGUUUUACAGUGAGUGGCUAUAAGAAGGAGUGAUACUCUCAGAAGACAACAAUAUUGAUAACUACGUGAAAGAUGAAGUGGGAGUUUAAGGAAAACCAUACUUUCGAGGUUAGAUGUGCCGAAUCUGCCAAGAUAAGAGGGAAGUACCAAGACAGAAUACCAGUUAUUGUCGAGAAAGUCCCAAAGUCGGCUAUACCUGACAUCGAUAAGAAAAAGUUUCUAGUUCCGGCUGACUUGAGUGUUGCACAGUUCAUGUAUAUUGUACGCAGAAGAAUCAGCUUACCAAGUGAAAAGGCAAUGUUCCUGUUUGUGAAUAAAGUAUUACCAACAACAAGUGCUUCAAUGGGGAGUAUCUAUGCAGAACACAAGGAUGAAGACGGCUUCCUUUACGUUGCUUACAGUGGAGAGAACACAUUCGGUACUGACUAACACACAGAGAAAUUAAAGAAACUAAUCUACUCAUACUUUUAAUUAUUAUUAUUAUUAUUGAACUCUUUGUGUGUGUCUUCAUUAUAAAUGUAUUAUAAGUAGCUGUACAUGUGAACCACUGUAGUGUUGGAAUUAUAAUUUUAGUGAAAAGACAUUGCUUAAUGCUUUAGCUCUCCCUCCCUCUCCCUUCUUUCCUUUUAUCUCCUUUUUAUGAUUCAUUAAUAAUAAUAAAAAUAAUAGUUAUUAUCAUUA